UAGAACUACUUCUUCAUCCUUAGCAAUAGUAGUUUUACUAAACGCGCCAAAACGUUUCGUUGUCUGCAUCUCCGGAUUUGGUUAGUUUAGUUCCCUCAAGGCAAUACUCAAAAUUUCAAUUAGUCAUGCAGUACCCUGUCAAAUCUUCAAUCCGAGUUAUCGGAACGAUGCUCUUGGCUCGUGAAUACGAUAACGAAGAUGUCUGUAUCAUGGGUUAUCCUCAAGAGGUUGCAAGUAAUGGUCGCCAGUUCAUGUUGAAAACUACUGAUCAGAAAAGUAUCCAAGUGGUUUUGUCGCAGCCAAUAGGGGAGCAUCUUGAUGGCAUGGUGCAAAUCAGAGGGAAGUUUGAUGGACAGCGGAUCCAAGCUGAAAGUUACAAUUUGCUUUUACCAGAACUGACCAGGGAUUUUGAUGAUAACACCUACAAUGAAGCUGUCAAAUUCCUGACGAAGUGAUUUAUGGGAACUACAUGUGACUGUGAGAUUGUAAUUGUGUCAACUACUGAAGAAAUAAAGCUUGUGAAAACUA